AUGCUUUAAAGUAAACAGAAGACUCCUAUCCAAGUUCAAAUCGAAGAUUUUGAAAGGAAGACGACUGAUCAUUAUAACUAAGUAGUAGUUGAUCUCCUCAAACAAAUUAGAGAUAAUUUGCCUAAUUUAUAAAGCCUUCAGGAUGAUCUGAGAGCAAAUAACUUCAAAUGGGACAUACUUUUUCAAUCGCUUUAUAAUAGAUUAACUUCCACGAUUAUUUAGAAUAGCUAAAAUGAGAAUAAGGGAAUCGAAGAGGUAAAGCUAUAACUUGAGAAUUUCAGAGUAUAAGCAUCUCAAAUAAUCAAGAUAAAAGAAUAAGUAUCUAAGACUAAAAAUGAGAUAGAAAAAUUUGAGUUUUACUAAGAUAAUUUCGGGUUAAGAUUCAAUAAAAGUCAAUGGUUGAAAGAUCUUAUAAUGUCUGAGGAUUCUAAAGAGGACAAUAAGUAGUAAUUUAAUAAAGCACAUAAGUAGAAGCUUGCGACAAUCGAUGAUAAGGCCCAAGAUAUUCUUGAAAGAAUAAAGUCUUAUGAUGAAAAGUCAUCGAAAUCAUAUGAACUCAAUGGGCCAAUUCAAAGAUUCUACGAAAGAGUUAUAUCCCAGUAACCUUAAAAUUAUACUCGAAGCAAAUAUUUAACUAAGCCAAGCAAUAGUAUUGUAAAAAAGAAUGAUCCUCAACAAAAUCUAGAGAUUGUGAAGGAUCUGUUUGAAAUCAAGAAAAAUAACAUACAUGGAACUAUUCAAAGCGCCAGAAUCAAACAACAGGAAUAUUUAAAGCAGGUUUAAGAGAAUUCUGAGAAGGUUAAUUCUUAUAUGGCCUCAUUAAAUUUUAGUUUAAAUGAAGACUAUCUUUUAAGAAUAAUAGACUAGUCAAUUUAGGAUAGAUACUAACCUAAAAAUAUGCAUCAACAAUUAAUCUAUAAGAUAGCUAACUCAGAAUAUCAAUUAUUGUAAUAGCAAACUCUAUAAAGACUAAUGAGUGGCAAAGAAUGUAUAAAAUUAAGCAUAAAUGGCAGCUAGAGAAAUGAGAGACUAAAUGAUUAUUUUUCAAAGUUAAAACAAGAGGAGACUAAAGUGGACAACAAAGUCUAGAUGGAUGAUCAAAUGGACUCAUUACUCCUAGGAAUUGCCCCUCUAAUCUUACUACCAACAAAACCUAUCAUGAACUAGUCAUUAACUCAAUUGAAAACUGCACAGAAUUAAAACUAGAAUAACACUACUCAACAAAUGUAAAUUGCUACAAACACUUAAAAGUAACAAUAAUAGCCACCUUUACAGUCUCAAAAGCUGCCUUAAUAGCAGUAAUAGCAAAUUAUCUCAUAAUCCUAAAAUAAAAAUCAGACUUAAGACUUAAGUUAACCUUCCUAGUGGCAGCAAUAGCAGCAGUAAACUCAUAUAGCUUCUAAGAAGACUCAGAAUUUAAUAUCAAGCAGGGCAUUGCAAACUAUAGAAGAAGAUAAGAGAGAAGUAAAUGGUACACCCUAGUUAGACAAGAAAAUGCCUUACUAGUUGGGCAUAAGUGAUGGUGGAGCAAUAAAGUUAUUUGGUGACUUUGGAUUAGGUGGUUAAAGUAUCCAUGUCAAGAGUAAUGAACCAAGUGGAAUAAAAGUGGAGAAGAAGGAGAGCUAUGGCUUAGGAGGGAUAGGAGCAUUAAAUCUGAACAAUUAAAAAUAAGAUGAAAUCUAAAAUGACGUUAAAAAUAUUUCAUUUGGAAGCAAAACUUUAAUGAAAGGCCCCAUAGAUUUGUAGCAAAAGCCAGAGACUAAAAAGGAGGAAUUAAAACCUGAGGAUAAAAAGAUUGGUUAAUUUUCUGGAAUAAGCAUACCAGUCAAGUCAUAAGGUUAAGCAAAACCAAUGGAAGAAUAAAAGAAGUUAGAACUCAACAUAAAUAAUGCAUGUUAGACGGAUUAAGAUAAAAUUUUAGCUUAGUCAAAGGAGAAGGAUUAGCAAUUUUAAAAGCCAUCUCCCUAAAUAAUUAGUGGAUUCGGUGCUGCUACUAAUGCUCUUGGUCCUUAAAAUAAUAAGUAAACUGCUCAAUUAGCACCAAGCUCUUAUCCAAAUAAGGUAUUUGGAGCAGGAACAUCUCUAGGAUAAAAAGCACCUGGCCUAACAUUUUCCUCAGUAAGCGGAGGAGGAAAUAUUACUACUGGAGCAACUAGUCAACAAAAUACUUAAAGUUAAACAACUCAGUAAACUUAAGGAACUAGCCUUGGAUUUGGAUCACAAAAAAAUGCAACUUCCUCAACAAUUUAGCAACAUUAGAUGUUCUCUACUUAAGGAUCACUAUUUUAAUAACCUCAGAACAUGUUUGGAUCUGGGUUUGGAUAAGCAUAAGCUUAACCAUUUUCGCAGCAGUAAUAGAAUUAACCUGCAGCUUAGUUCGGUUAAGGAUCAGGAUUUGGUGCAGCAGGAGGGAGUGGACUAUUUGGAAAUGCUUAACCUGUUAUGGGCUUCGGAGGCUAUAAUGGAGGUUAGCAACAAUAAAAUACUGGUUUCUUUGGUGGCUAUACAACUGGAAAUUCAGGAGAAAUGGAUUUUGGCGGAGGUAUCAAGGGAGGUGGCUUGGCUACUUUCAAUACCUCUGGUCCUAACCUUUAAGAUGCCAAGAAUAAAUUCUCAGACCCUAAAUUUGCAAAGGCAAGAAAAUGA